GGCGCGUUGCGCGCCGGCGUACAGGGGAGGGAUGCUGAGGACCCGGAGGCUCGCGGUGUGUUUGGGCUCUGGGGGCUGCGCGCAUUGCCCGGGAAAAGCGGGAAAUGGCGGCGCCCAGCGCGGGCUCCCGGUCCGCCCUCCAGCCAGAGGAGCAGAUGGCCGCUGAUAGGGGGCGCAGGAUGUUGAGAGGGUGUGGCAUGCAUCCUGACCAUCAGGAAGCUCUCAAAAAGAACCGCGUGGUGCUAGCCAAAGAGCUGCUACUGAGCGAACUGUUGGAACACCUCCUGGAGAGGGACAUUAUCACCUUGGAAAUGAGAGAGCACAUUCAGGCCAAGACGGGCAGUUUCGGCCAGAACGUGGAACUCCUCAACUUGCUGCCCAAGAGAGGCCCCCAGGCCUUUGAUGCCUUCUGUUUGGCCCUGAGGGAGACUAAGCAGAGCCACCUGGAGGAGCUGCUGCUCAGAACCCUGUCCGGUCUUCAGCCUGUAGUCCCGCCGUUGAGCUACGACUAUGACCUGAGUCUCCCUUUUCCGAUGUGUGAGUCCUGUGCCCGCCAGAAGCGGCUCCGCCUGUCUCCAGAUGCGGUGGAACACUCCCUAGACCACGGAGAUGGUCCUCCCUGCCUUCAGGUGAAGCCCUGCACGCCUGAGUUUUAUCAAACACACCACCAGCUGGCCUACAGGCUGCAGUCUCGGCCCCGCGGCCUGGCACUGGUGCUGAGCAACGUGCACUUCACUGGAGAGAAAGACCUGGAAUUCCGCUCGGGAGGGGAUGUGGACCACAGCACUCUCGUCACCCUCUUCAAGCUCUUGGGCUACAAAGUUCACGUUUUUCUUGACCAGACCGCACAGGAAAUGCAAGAGAAGCUGCAGAAUUUUGCCCAGCUCCCAGCUCACCGAGUCACUGACUCCUGCAUAGUGGCGCUCCUCUCCCACGGCGUGGAGGGUGGCAUCUACGGCGUGGACGGCAAACUGCUCCAGCUACAAGAGGUUUUUCGGCUCUUUGACAAUGCCAACUGCCCAAGCCUACAGAACAAACCGAAAAUGUUCUUCAUCCAGGCCUGCCGUGGAGAUGAGACAGAUCGGGGGGUCGACCAGCAAGACGGGAAGAACCACAACCGAUCCCCUGAUUGCGAGGAGAGCGAUGCCAGCGGAGAGGAGCUGCUGAAGGCACGGCUGCCCACCCGCUCAGACAUGAUCUGUGGCUACGCCUGCCUCAGAGGGACCGCUGCCAUGCGCAACACCAAGCGGGGCUCCUGGUACGUGGAGGCCCUCACGCAGGUGUUCUCCGAGAGGGCCUGCGACAUGCACGUGGCCGACAUGCUGGUGAAGGUGAACGCGCUCAUCAAGGAGCGAGAAGGCUACGCCCCGGGCACGGAGUUCCACCGCUGCAAGGAGAUGUCCGAGUACUGUAGCACCCUGUGCCGCCACCUCUAUCUCUUCCCUGGCCACCCCCCCACGUGAUGGCAACCCCCGGCCCCCCGCAUCCCACCCCGUCACCGGGCCACGUGGAGGCCGCUGGGCCUCAGGAGGCGAGGUAGAGCCUUUCUCUCCAGGAUGCGCGGCUUCAGUGCCUCCCCUCAGGGAUCGGGACUCCCUCAGGCUCCUUUCUCAGGCCCACCGUCUCCACCAGUGACCUCGGACCGCCAGCUCCUCCCACGUGCAGCUCUCCCGUAGAGCCGGCUCUGGCUGGACUCGUUGCCAAGAACAAGGGACCUGGCAAGCGACACUGCACGCACUAUCUUGACGGGGAGAGGGCGUGUGGCUUUCCUCGAUGUUUGUGUUCAGCUCCUGCCCCCAGCGCUCUUGGAGGAAGCACUCUGGUAAUCGCUUUUGUUCCAGGAGCUGAGAUGUCCCAGAGGUCACACCUCCCACCUCUUCUUUCAUGUCCCAGCCCCAUUUGUCCCAAAGUGGGAGUUUGAAAAGUGUUCCAGUUCAACACAGACAGUUUUCAUUUGGUUUUAAAAGGCCAAGCACCCUCUGCUACUGUGGGUGGGCCCAGACCUGUGUGUUUGUCCCCUUCGGUUCCAGAAGGUCUCCCCAGGGAAGGACCGUCUUCUGAGCUCCACUCUUGGCUCCUUGGGGCUCGGGAAUUCAGCCUUUCAGUGGAGGUCAGAAUUUGGCUGCCUUUUGUCUGUUACCUUGUUGAUCUUUGCCCAUGGAAGCUUCCAAGACUUUCCACGGGUGGUGGGUGCUCUGAGCUUUGUACCUGAAGUGAGCCUUGCGGGGAGUGUCAGCGGAGGAGAUAAGGGUGCUGUGCUUGCUCAGGCUUGGCAGUCUGCCACUUUAUCCUCGUUUUUCUUCCUGUGAAGUGCCCCUCCUAAAAACGCUUCCUGGCUGUUAUCUCUCAGCUUCCUGUUUCUCCCCUCUUUACCUUUGUCUCAUUCUGUUUACUGCAGCCACCAAAUCGUCUAAAAUACAGCUUAAUUGGAUCAUUUGGCUGCUCGAGGACGUAAUAUAGUACUUUGUUCCGGCUUUCCGCUUCCGUAUUAAAUCCCCUCUGGAUUUUAUGUGUUCUGUUUCCCCUUCCCGUUGUGACUGUCCAUUUCAGGGAGGUCAGUGCUCUAUAUGUUAUUUAUUUACCCUAGAAGCCACCUUUAUAUGCACUUACAUGAAGCCUUCUUUUCUUAAAGGCCUUCUUUUUUGCCAUAUGACAAUCUAAUCUCUGUAUGACAGAUUUUGAUUUUGGUUUUUAAGUAUAAAUCUGAUCCUCUUACUUCCCUGCUUGGAACCCUUUGGUUUCCUGUCACACCUCAAAUCAAAUCAGACUCCUUCCCUUGGCCUGCAAGGGCCUCAUAAGUGCUGAUUUCCCUGUAAGCGACAGCUCAGUGGUCUCCUGUGUUUCUCAAACAUUCUGAGGUCCUUCCUGGGCUGGACCAUCAGGCUUCCUGGGUCUGCUGAGCCCCACCCCUCGCCACUCUUGGCCCUGGUGGCUUCUUGAUCCUUCAAGUCAGAGCUCAAAUGCCAACCUUCCGUGGAGGGCUUCCCAAGCCAUUCUGUCUCUUAAAAAUUGAGUGUUGUUUUUAACUUUAUUUCUGUUCUGUUUAAUCCUCUCAUUGCACUUAACACACUGUAUAAUCACUCAUCAUAUGCGUGCAUGCUUCACAUGUUCAUUCGCAUCUCCCUUUAAACUCCAUGAGGGCGGAAACCUUGUCUCUCUCGUUCACUAAUAUGCACCCAGUGCCUGGCACAUCAUAGGUCUCCAGUGUUUGCUGAAGAAAGGAAGCAACCCUAGCUGGAAUCCUACUCUUUGACGAAAUUUCCCUUUUGGCAAAAUACCCAUAUCCUCCCAUGUGUUGGUUUCAUCCACUGGUAUUGGUAGCUCCCAGGGACGGAAGUCGCAGGCAGGGCGACUUUGUCUGCGUCUCCCGCGGCACUGGGCGCAGUGCCCAGCCUCUGGUAGUUCAGGUGCUCAGUCAACACUUGCUCUGUGAGCCGGGGGCUCGGAGACUUGUUGCCAAGUCCUGCCCUUGGCUCGGCAUCAUCUGGAAGUACUUAGGUGAUAGAACCUUUCCAGUUCCCACUGCCAGGAUUUUGUAUUGCCAUCUGGUGCCAAAUAAAUGCUCAUAUUUAUUACCG